AUGACGGGGUCUUUCGGGUGGAGGGUGAAAGCGGUGGCCGCGGUUCUGACCAUAGCGGGUUCUUUAUUACCUGUCGACGCUGAUGAGCACGAGCACACGUACGCGGAUAAGGAGGAGGUGGUCCUGUGGAUGAACACGGUGGGGCCGUACCACAACCGGCAGGAGACCUACAAGUACUUCUCUCUGCCCUUCUGCGCGGGCUCCAAGAAGACCAUCAGUCACUACCACGAAACGCUGGGAGAGGCUCUGCAGGGCGUGGAGCUGGAGUUCAGCGGCCUGGACAUCAAGUUCAAAGAGGAGGUCAUGCAGACGACAUACUGUGAAGUGGAGUUGGACAAGGCCAAACGGGACGCUUUCGUCUACGCCAUCAAGAAUCACUACUGGUACCAAAUGUACAUCGAUGAUCUGCCCAUCUGGGGUAUUGUUGGCGAGGCGGAUGAAAACGGAGAGGACCAUUACCUGUGGACGUACAAGAAGCUGGAGAUCGGCUUCAACGGCAACAGGAUUGUGGAUGUGAACCUGACCAGUGAAGGGAAAGUGAAACUCAUGCCCAACACCAGAAUCGCCAUGUCCUACUCUGUGAAGUGGAAGAAGUCGGACGUGAAGUUUGAAGACCGCUUUGACAAAUACCUGGAUCCAUCUUUCUUUCAGCACAGGAUCCACUGGUUCUCCAUCUUCAAUUCCUUCAUGAUGGUGAUCUUCCUGGUGGGCCUGGUGUCUAUGAUUCUAAUGAGAACCCUCAGAAAGGAUUAUGCCAGAUACAGCAAAGAAGAGGAAAUGGACGACAUGGACAGAGAUCUGGGAGAUGAAUAUGGCUGGAAGCAGGUUCAUGGAGACGUGUUCAGGCCUUCAAGCCACCCGCUCAUAUUCUCCUCUCUCAUUGGCUCUGGCUGUCAGAUCUUCUCCGUGUCCCUCAUCGUCAUCAUCGUGGCGAUGGUGGAGGAUCUGUAUACAGAGAGAGGAUCCAUGCUCAGCACCGCCAUUUUUGUUUAUGCUGCCACCUCUCCUGUCAAUGGCUACUUCGGAGGAAGUUUGUAUGCAAAACAAGGAGGCAGGAGAUGGAUUAAACAGAUGUUCAUUGGAGCGUUCAUGAUCCCCGCCAUGGUGUGUGGAACGGCCUUCUUCAUCAACUUCAUUGCCAUCUACUACCACGCCUCCAGAGCCAUCCCCUUUGGUACCAUGGUUGCCGUUUGCUGCAUCUGCUUCUUUGUCAUUUUGCCUCUGAACCUGGUGGGAACGAUUUUGGGCAGGAAUCUGUCGGGCCAGCCCAACUUCCCCUGCAGAGUGAACGCCGUGCCCAGGCCCAUCCCAGAGAAGAAGUGGUUCAUGGAGCCGGCUGUCAUCGUGUGCCUUGGAGGAAUCCUGCCGUUCGGCUCCAUCUUCAUAGAAAUGUACUUCAUCUUCACCUCAUUUUGGGCCUACAAAAUCUACUACGUGUACGGAUUCAUGAUGCUGGUGCUGGUCAUCCUCUGCAUCGUGACGGUGUGCGUCACCAUCGUGUGCACGUACUUCCUGCUGAAUGCUGAGGACUACAGAUGGCAGUGGACCAGCUUCCUGUCGGCGGCAUCCACCGCCGUCUAUGUGUACAUGUACUCCUUUUACUACUAUUUCUUCAAAACCAAGAUGUACGGCCUGUUUCAGACGGCGUUCUACUUCGGCUACAUGGCUGUGUUCAGCACUGCUCUGGGAAUCAUGUGUGGCGCCGUGGGAUACAUGGGAACAAGUGCCUUCGUGCGGAAGAUCUACACAAAUGUGAAAAUCGACUAGAGUCCAGCAGCGACACAGGGAUGUUCGUGGAUUUGCCCCCCAGGAUCCUGACAGACGGAGGACAUCACUCAUACUUUAUUACUUUUCUUUAUUGCUAAGAGAUUGAGAGAAUCUCACUUUGUACAAUGUAGUUUUCCCAUUUUCUGAAUGAAUUUGAAGGCCUCAUCUGAAAGCCAACCAAAGGACGUCAGACACCUUCUGCUUUCAAACAAACAUUGGGGCGAAGGUUAAAGGCCGACGCGACCUGUCCUUUUCCACGCCGGCCCAGCUGAGGCCCCGCCCACAGCUGGAGGGGUGUAGCUCUCUUCAGUGAAGAGGCCCGUGUGUGGGAGCUGGGUUGGUGUCUGCCUCUGGACUCGGUUCUGUUUUGUAUUCUUGAAGUGGCUCAUUGUUGGGUGGGUGUUCCUGUAGCUGCAGACCGACGGUCAUUCCCCGGCGGGCGGCCCGCUCCAUCAGGUGUAGUCCUGCUGUAGUUUACUGUACAGGAGCGGGCAAAGCGGCGGAUCCGCAGGUACAGGAAGGUUUUUAAAUGUUGAUCCCAUUUCCCAGUCCUGUUUUCUUACGUUUGGGUCUGAAUGAAGUCUACUUGUAAAGAUAAUAUAUGGAUGUGGGAGAGUGUAUAUACCCAUCACAAUGUACCCUAGACGUAGAUCCCACCUAUAUUUUCUUUGUACAGAUUUACUACAGGGUGGUUUUUUUGUUUUGGUGCUGGGGUCAGGCAGGUGGCGCCGUUACAUUUGCCUGAAAUUGCAUGAAGUUUUCUUGGCUUUUCUUUUUCUCCACUUCUGCUGACUGACGAGCGAUCACCUGAAGAGGCUUUUUUUUAUCUUGUUUUGAAGCUUUAAAGGCUCUGGGUCACCUGGUUCAUGUUCUGCCGCCUAACCGGAGAUGUCGUUUGUGAAUGUGGGCGGGGCCAGGCCGUGGCUUCCUUCCUGAAACAUCCUGUACAAAGUUUCUGUACUAAACUAGAUGUUUUCUUCUCCAUACAGUCGGUAUGUUUCCUGCUCGUGUGAGAAGUGGUUUUCUUUUCCCGGUUUCUGGCACCUCAUGUUGUGUACCGAUGUCUGAGACAUUUUCACCCUGAUAUUAACUUGCUGUAAAGAAAUAAACAUGUUUAUGUACAGGGA